CCCUCAGUUCUUAGAUGGGGAAAUGAAGAGUUAAGGUUCACAAUGCACCCUCAACUUUGACUGACAGGCGAAUGACGCCUAGACUAGCACUCUGCCCUCCCCGCGACAGAACACUUUGGGAGCAGAGCGCAGUAGCACGAACGCUAACACCGUCUCUUUGCUAAGGCAAAACUUGGGGUUAGGCCCGAUGUAGGGAACAGAAGCUGCCUCCCCCUGGCCUGCGCUUAGACACUGAGCCUACUGCACACAGUCCAUCUCAGACCUUCCUGCUGUCACCACCCCUUUACCCUUCCAAUGAAGAUUCCUUCUGAGUCGUUGACUUCACUUAUCCCUCCCUGAGGCCUGGAGACCCCUAGCAUGUACGGCACCAGCCUGCUGACAAUCCUUGUGGCAAGAACACACCCUUGUGCACCUUGAUUGACACGGCCUACACCACUCAGCACUGAAAUGAGGAAUACCUGGUCCUUCCAGUUUCACGUGCACCACUCCUCGUGUCACAGCUCUGCCAGGUUGCUCUAACUAAUCCCUCCGCCAUUCAUGUGAAGCUACAGCUGGCCCAGGGCACGUUGCUGGAGUGCCUGCGGAGAAAUGCUGGUGUUCAAUCUGAGGAACAUAAAACACACAGUGGCAUGUUCUUAGUCCUUCCUUCUGGCGAUCAAUACAUUUUAAGGCCAGGGGAGACUAUUAGGUCAUCUAGUCUGACCUCCUGUGUAAUACAGGCCAUGGAGUUUCGUCCGGUUACCGUUGUAGUGCACUGAAUACUUUGUGUUUGAUGAAAACCUCUUCCAGAAAGGCAUCCUGUCCUGACUUGAAGCCUUCAAGAGAUGGAAAAUUGGCCCCAUCCUUGGGUAGUUUGUUAACCUUUGCACCACCCUUACUGACCUAUUCCCAGUGACAUUUGCCAGCUCCAGGGCUAGGGGAUAAGGACAGAGUUAAGGUUGCAUUGCAGGGGUGGUGUGUAGUUUAAUUCUUCAUUUCCUGGUUUUCAGGGGUUUUAUUUUUCAUCACCAUCCACAUGCUGGAAGGGCCCGAAGCAGCAUGAGGCAACCUUCACUCUGUUUAAUGUACUUUAUGAGCGUUUAAUUUCCUUGAUUUUCUAUUUAAUGGAUUUUUUUGCCACUGUAACUGUGUCGACACUACGGUUUUUGCUGCAAUUUACGUCAGGUCAGGAUGAGAUUUUCCACAUCGCUAACUGCCAGAGCUCUGGGCUCAGAGGUAGUCCCAGCACCUCAGGACAGUCCCAAGGGGGUCUCUGUGACCCAACCUAUCACAGGGGGCUCUCGUGAGGGGGAGGAAGGGGAGGAUUCAGGGAGUCCGAGAUUGUAGCACUUCACUGAGGCUGCUUUUGCUCAAGUCUCUCAUGACCUGUCCCUAGGCAGAGCUCAGAACCAGCACUCCAUCCUCCUCCUCCUCGACAUGUCGGCUGUCUGACACCACUGACCGUGGUCGUUGUCUUGGAAUCUGAUCUUCCCUUAUCCUCUCCUGCUUAGGGUUAGGGUAGGGAGAAGUAGGUAGGGAGAAGUAGUAACUGGCUUGUUCUGCAUCAUGGGAUGUUUAGGUUGGAUAUUAGCUAUAUUCACAGCUGGAAAGUUUUUCCUAAGUACAGGAAUACGUUACCAAGAGAGGUUGUGGAAUGCUGGUCGCUGGAGGUUUUUAAGAAGAGGUUAGACGAUGGUCUACGUAUACAUGGUCCUGCCUCAGGGCUGGAGGAUGGACUAGCUGACAUCUUGAGGUCCUUUUACCCCUGUGUUUGUGAUUUUAUGAUUCCUUAUUGUAGCCCUUCACUUUGACCUUGUCUCCCUCUGGAGAAUGGGGGCUUUAUUUAGUAGUUUUUUUAAUGAAAAAUAUGCAUGGGUCAGCUUCUCUCUCAAUUUGCUUUGUUAGUCACUAGGUGUGAAGGAGUCAAUUCCUCUUCUGGGAUGGGGAUGUAAUUCCUGUUGAAGUAACAUAGGCCUGCCUCCGUUUACAUGGAAACACAAUCAAGGACUGUUCCCAUUUGAAUGCUGCACACUGGACAAUGGAAGUCUCAAGGACUGGAGGUUAAUGUGUAAUGACUGGGUCCAAGGGAAGCAGAACACGAGAACACAACGUCACUGCACUUCGGGACACAGGAACUAGGGUACAAACAGACUGGGCUUAAGUUUGCUGCUAUCCAGGGCAAAAAGACUGAGACAAGGCAAUAGCGAGCGAGAGAGAUGAAAUCAAGGAGGCUUUGAAAAAGCCGGGCAGAUGCAACUGCCAAAAUGAACAUAGAGUUUAGUUCUGCUUUCCCAGACUGACCAAGGGAUCUGUAAAUCCUGUGUUCCCGUUGCCUAAGCAAUUCAGCCUGGUUCUGAAAAGCCUCUUGUGUUGCUGCAAAUACCAACUGGCUGCAACACCCCAGAAGAGACGGUGUUUCUGAGGAGUCUGAAAUCAUUGGGACUCGCUGAGAUGCCAUCAUGACACACAGGGAUGCCACCUCCAGAAUGGCCUGUCUCAGCAUGGUGGAGCUGUGGGGAUCGCCCUUCCGAAAAGCACAGCCUAGGAAGUAGCACAUAUUGGAAUGUCUGCGCUGCCUCUGGGAGAGACCCUCCCAGCCUCGGUCCGCAGACUGGCCUUGACGGGCUGUAUAGAACUGCGUAUAUGUUGCAGAUUGGCCUGGAGCUCAGUCUCUUAAGCCUGAGCUGCAAUGUCUACAUCAGAAGUAUGUGUACCCCUGAGGUACUGUGGUGGGACAGCUGCCCCACCCCCAGGUGAGAUUGAUCUACAGCUAGCCAGAGCGGCUGCGCGGGUGGGCAGCCAAUCAGGAGGGGCCUGUGAGAAGCCAGUCAGAGCCAAGCAGGAGGCAGCCAAUCAGGGCCAGGCUAGGCCCUAUAUAAAGGCUGCCCAGGAGAGAAGCAGGCGGUCUCUCCCAGGCCUUCAAGCGGGAGGGUCUGUCUCCUGAGUGAAGGAGACCAGCACCUCGGACAGCGCAGUGCUGGGCAGGCUCGGGGGAGCAGAGGAGAGCUCCAGCCCAAUACCUGUCAGACUGCAGGCCUAGAGGGUGCAAGGGGUCAGAGGGGAAGUGACCCAGGGAGGAUGGACAGAUGAGGGGAGAGGAGGAGGAUGGAGUGGCUGCCACUAGAGGGUCCCUGGGUUGGGACCCAGAGCAGUGGGUGGGCCUGGGGCCCCCUCUUCCCUCUUGUGCUGCACUUGGCCAUGGGAGAGCGACCAUAUCAGACUGCAACAUACCCCCGCCGACAGGGGCUAGACUUUGAGUUGUGGUUGGCCACUGCGGCAGGAAGACUGCUGUUAACAACCCCCCCGCCCUCGGAAGGGGGUGAGCGUGGACUAGGGGGCACUGCCGGAGGGCAGUGUCCUGAAGGGGACGUUGCCGAACGGGGAGCAACGCGGGUCCCAAUACCAUUUGGGCAGACGACGGACAGGACACCACAAGCAGAGGGCGCUCCGUGGCGGAUAGAGCUAAUACCCAGACGGGCCGACAGGAGGCGCCAUGGUGGUGAGGGGAUGGUGAGAGAGACCAUGGAGCAGAAUCCUCAGCAGGAAGAUGAGCAAGUGGAACCACAGGGGGCAUUAUUACAAAGAUGCACAGGGAGUGCGUCCGGGAGUUGUGAGCAGGCAAAAGGCUCUCAGGGGCAGCACGGGCCAGAGAAACGGCAGGGAAACCAGCCAGCGCCGGAAGUUGGAAUAUCUGUUAAUUAUCGGGGAACUCACAAAGGCCUCAAGGAAACCACGGCCCAACAGAGAAUCCUUAUGGGAGAGAGAAAUAACACGGGCUUUGACUGUGGGAAAAAGUGCAGGAGGCACUCACACUUUAUUAGAAAUCCAUGGAUCCACACAGGAGAGAAGCCCUAUAAAUGCUGUGAGUGCGGGAAAACCUUCACUCGGAGCUCAACCCUUAUUGCACAUCAGAGGAGUCACACAGGGGAGAAACCCUAUGAAUGCUGUGAGUGCGGGAAAACCUUCACUCAGAGCUCAAACCUUAUUCGCCAUCAGAGGAGUCACACAGGGGAGAAACCCUAUGAAUGCAGUGAGUGCGGGAAAACCUUCACUGAGCGAUCAAGCCUUAUUCUCCAUCAGAGAAUCCACACAGGGGAGAAACCCUACAAAUGCUGUGAGUGCGGAAAAACCUUCACUCGGAGCUCAACCCUUAUUGCACAUCAGUGGAUCCACAGAGGAGAGAAACCCUAUGAAUGCUGUGAGUGCGGGAAAACCUUCACUGAGCAAUCACACCUUAUUCGCCAUCAGAGGAGUCACACAGGGGAGAAGCCCUAUGAAUGCUGUGAGUGUGGGAAAGCCUUCACUCGGCGCUCAACCUUUAUUGCACAUCAGAGGAUCCACAGAGGAGAGAAACCCUAUGAAUGCUGUGAGUGCGGGAAAAUCUUCACUGAGCGCUCACACCUUAUUCGCCAUCAGAGGAGUCACACGGGGGAGAAACCGUAUAAAUGCUGUGAGUGCGGGAAAACCUUCACUGAGCAAUCACACCUUAUUCGCCAUCAGAGGAGUCACACAGGGGAGAAACCCUAUGAAUGCUGUGAGUGCCGGAAAACCUUCACUCGGAGCUCAACCCUUAUUGCACAUCAGAGGAUCCACAGAGGAGAGAAACCCUAUGAAUGCGGUGAGUGCGGGAAAACCUUCACUUGGAGCUCUUCUCUUAUUUAUCACCAGAGAAGCUGCAAGGGAGAGAAACACCACGAAAAUCUUGCCUAGGGCUCAGAAAAGAUUGUUUUUUCCUUUUCCUAAUUCCCAAGUAGUGAACUUUAAGGCAGCAUUUGUGGCGUCUCAGCUCCUUCUGGUGAGUUGUCUGCUUUUCCCGUUUGCAGCUCACCCUUCCUUGGAGUGAAGCCCACAGUGUUGUUCAUCGACUCCUUUGUCCUGUGUCGUGGGAGUGUGCGUCCCUCCAACUGGAAUGUCCAUCAGCCCCAGGUGGGGGAACCAAGAGUGACUUUUACUAGGUACAGGUCUGUCUCAUCUUGCGCGGGGGUUCCAUUCCACGGUUAGCGCUAAAGCGAAAACCGCGUAUAGUCAAAAUUACAUUGAGUUCAAUGGCGGGCGAAAUCGCCCGCACUACAAGUACAGUAUUAAAAUUAUUUUUCUCUUUUUUGUUGCUUUUGUUUUUGCCGACCGCGUAAAGCUGAAAUCGCGCAUGUUAAAUGCACGUAAGAUGCGACAGACCUGUACAUAGAGGUUAAAUCUACCUGGGCUUUGACUCCAUUAGGGUUUCCCAUGGAGUUAGCUAGAUUGAGUUAGUGGUCCUGAUAUAAAAAUAUAACUUUUUUCAA